AGUUCCGUUGAAUGCUUUGUAUGCGGCCGGCGUCAACCAUGGCGGACAGAACGUUCUCUGGACGGCUUAGCUUGCUAUAAAAGACCAAUGCUGCGAUCCUGCAUUUGCUACUAAAAGUUUCCGCCCGCGCGCCUUGCUUGAUCUUCGCCGGCCUCUUACAGUUCUGUUCAACUGUUCGUAUCAACCCAUUCUAGAAAAGAGGUCCCCGCAUCCGUUGCAACGUCCGUCUUGGCUUUCUCUCCUUUAUAAUAAUCCCGCUUCGUCUAAGCGGCACACAUACAAGAAGACGGAUAUUUAGCAAUCUCAUGGCGACCCCAUUUUAUACAUUCAACUCUUCUGGAACUAGUAUCAACUAUGCAUGGCCUGAGGGCCUCACAGGAAUUGAGCGAAUUGCUCUAGCUUCCCAAGGCGACCUUCAACGCGUACUCAGUGCCUUCUUCGCGCGUCCCAUACAAAUCGACCCUGUAUAUUCCCAUACCCAACUCGCCCUAUCUUCCGACCUUCCAAAGGUCACGCUCGAGCUCCCAAAUUCCAAAGUCAUAGACUCCGCUUCUCCCGAAUCUCCCAUAACACAAACGCGGAAGGUCUUCCUACAAUGCGCCGGAAAGACUGUAUGCACCGCGACCUCCACUAUUCGCAUGACAUCCCCGCGAGCUGCCAAUCUCGUUCUCGUAGACAAGUACCCGAUUGGACAGACGUUCCGCAUGUUGGGCCAACAACCCGCUUUUGAACUCUUGGGCGUUGAAUUUGGUAGACCACCAAAAUCCACGGAUAAAGAAGGGUAUGAUGAUGAUGUCGAAGAGGAGCAGCUAUGGAGAAGAUAUCGUCUGUCUGUGGAGGGCUUCGAGGCGGAGAUUUUAGAGGUGUUUCCUUCUCGUGACAUGUUUAGCCGCGGGACAGACUGGUUAUAUGAUUCACCAGAUUCCGGACCUGGAUCCGCAAUUUGCGCCGUUUCGCAUAUGUGGAUAAUGUUCAUUCUUUUCGUGGUACUUUUCAUGGCACUGAUUGCUAUUAGCCUUGCAUUUACUAGUAUACCUGCAGACUUCGUCUAA